GUCGUGUGGAUACCUCUGUGGUGCCUCCCUCCCUGGGUGCCUCCAUGGACAGAGGCCCUUUGCUCCUCCCUGCAUCCUGCAAGACACUGCUGGGAUAGCGAGAGCCAAUGUUUCUGUGUCCUGGAGGAAAGAAGUAGAUUUUUGCAGUGUCAGCUUGCCCUCUUGUGCCUCACGUUGCUCUCCACUCGAGUUGCAAAUUCUCCUUUCAUUUCUGGAGGCAGGCUGCUUUGGCUGCUUUGUUUCCCUGCUCUUUCAGCCCUUCUGGGGAUUGCUGUUUAUUCCUGGGUUAGGAGAAUGCUCCCAGAGCCAAACUCCUCACCUUGUUGCACCUGUCUAACCCAGAGCUCUGCUGCCUUCACACAGGACUUCCACCCUCCUGCAUCAACCAGUCCACACCCACUGUGGGCCACUGAGCUAAGCCUGGAUGCUGGUCCAGUGUCUCCAUUUGCCAAGGACACCACAAGUCACAUUUAUGUGUUCCUGGGGGAACAGGAACAUUAAUCCCCAGGGCAUUAGAUCCAAUCGGGACCUACAGCUACUCUGUCAGCAGCUGGAUGCAAGGAGGGCUGCACUUCCCCUGGCACUGUCACUUGCACUUGUCCUUGCUUUUAGGUCUACACCAGGUUUUGCUCAUAGCCCAUCUCCAGAGAUCUUAGACCUUCCCCAUCUUCCAAAAUACAUGUAUCUACAAUGAGCAUUUCCAAGUCAGAGAGGAAACACGAGAAAAACCUUCCCUGCGUAGCUAAGACCUGAAUCGCUUAGAAGAAAGUUUGGAGUUAAAUGCAAUAAGCUGCUCAGGCUGACAGAAGAGCAGUUACAGAGAGGUUCAGGCUUCGCUGCCUCCCGCAACGUGCCAGGAUGCUGCUGGGCCCAGGGAUGCACGACCGCGCCGGACGCCUGCUCCCUCAGCCAAAAAGCAGGAGUUCAGGUAGAUGGUUCCCCCACCACCUGUCAGCAAGCCCCAUGUGUGCCUCUCCACAGUGCUCAUCAUGACCAGCCUCGUCCUCAUGGAUGCCUACCUGGUGGAGCAGAGCCAGGGCUCCAGGAAGCUGGGCAUCUGUGUCAUGGUGGCGGUGGGUGACAUAUGCUUCCUGCUGGUCCUCCGCUAUGUGGCCAUCUGGGUUGGGGCAGAGGUAAAGACAGCUAAGCGAGGAUACGCCAUGAUCCUCUGGUUCCUGUACGUCUUCGUUCUGGAGAUCAAAGUCUACUUUGUGUACCAGAAUUAUAAAGCUGACCGGAAAAGCUUGGAUCUCAUCGCCCGCAAAGCGCUGACCUUGCUGCUCUCCAUCUGCAUCCCAGCUCUCUACGUGUUGCUGGUGGCCACAGAGCACAUGGAGUAUGUCAGAACAUUCAAGAAGAAGGAAGAUCUCCGCAACCGCCUUUUCUGGGUCAUUGUGGACAUGCUGGAUGUGCUGGACAUCCAGGCCAAUCUGUGGGAGCCUCAGAAGAAAGGGCUGCCGCUCUGGGCUGAGGGCAUCAUGUUCUUCUACUGCUACAUCCUGCUGCUGGUGCUGCCGUGCGUGUCCCUGUGCGAGAUCAGCAUGCAGGGCAUCGGCAUCGUGCCGCACCGCAUGAUGCUGUACCCCAUGCUGAGCAUGCUCACCGUCAACAUCGCCACCAUCUUCAUCCGAGGCAGCAACAUGGUCUUCUUCAGGGAUGCCCGCGUCUCCAGCAUCUUCAUGGGCAAGAACAUGCUGGCCAUUGGCAUGAAGGUCUGCAUGUUUGUGCAGUACCAGCGGCACCAGCACCACGCCCCGCCGGGGCCGGACCCGCAGCACGGCACCCCGGCCCAGCCGCCCGCGGGGCUGCGCAAGGCCCGGGACCAGCCUGCCUGCCCCGAGGAGCUGGCCCAGGACAACACGUGACGAGCCAGCAGGAGCUGCAGCCCGGGCAUCCCCGUGCCCGGCCGUACCUACAAACCCGGGGCAGGCUGUGGAGCUCCCUGCCUGGACAGAGGGCAACGAGCCUGCUCCCUCCUUCCCUGGGUGAAGCUGCUCAGGGCCCCGGGGGGCGCAUGGCGAGGGCCCCCACAGCAGCCUCUGUAAGGCUGCAGAGCAGUUUGGAACCUCAGCACCCCACCUGGUAAGACAGAGGAGCAGGGAACGAGGCCAGGGCCGCCUGCCGUGAGUUGUGUCUGGGUGGGCCAGGCAGCCCUACCCGGUGCAAGGCUCCCUACCAGUGCUCCCUGUGCAGCACUGCUCUCUGGCCAGCCAGGGUGACACGGGGACACGGCGGGUCACACUUUUCUGUUGUGGUUGGCCCUGGCUCCAGUGUGGUCCUUGGCAGCAGCCUGCUCCCCACUGUGUGAGCCCAGUCCCCAUGCAGGGGGAGCAAGGCCUGGGCCUCCCCCUGUUGUCACCCCUCUCAGCCAGCUGCAGGCUUGGGGGGACCCAAAAAGGGGUGACUGUCCUUUUUUUGUAUCUCCCUCUUUGCAAUAAAAGACCUGAGCCCUG